AAGAACAAGAGGAAGAGGCUAUAAAACGGAAGCGGCGAACAGCUGUGCGACUUGACACACCGUAGCAGCAGCAUGGCGUGAGCGGUCGUGCGCGUGCUGGCUGCAGACAAACUUGUAAGCAUCGUCUUGCAGACGGGAAUGGAUUUGACGGAAGGCUCCGCGCUCGGCGUGUUCAGCUGCCAGCUGUGCGAGGUUUCCAGCCCAUACAGCUUUUACGGACAGAAGCCGCCGAACACCAGAGCUAUAGUGCUCUUGGAGGAAUGUUUUGGCAUAAAGGACCCCUUCAGCCCAGAGAGAGAGAAGUUUCUGAUUUUAGGAUCCAAGUGCUCUCUGUGCAGCAAGACUGUGUGUGUGGGAACGGACUGCAGUUUGUUCUACACCAAGCGCUUCUGCUUGCCUUGUGUGCGGGAGCACCUCGAUCAGUUUCCAGAGCAGGUUCAGAACGAGCUGCUGAGGAAGAAGAGCGUCCAGAAGAGCACGUCCUCAUGAUAAUUGAUUUCAUGUGAUUAUAUUCAUUUAUGAUCAGAUCAAUGAAAUGAAAGUGUGAGUGAUGAUAAAGUUUGAUUUUGUGGUUGUGCUCGUAUGAAGCAAGUUUGAGCAGCAGAGCAUCUGUUGAAUGUGACCGUUUAUGGUGUUUACACAAUAUUUUGUAAGUGACAAGAGUGUUAAAUAAAUAGUGUGAAGAAGA